AUGCCUGAAGCCAUCAUGCCCCAGAAACGGGUGUUGGUUGACACCACUCACAACGCCCGCAACGAUCCCACGUCACCCACCGCGCUGAAAAGAAGAAAGCUAGACAAUGAACCCUCAUCUCAACUCAAAGCACCUGCCAAGUCAUUCCAGCGAAAAGGAUUUGGCUCGACCCAGCCACAAAAAAGUCAGUUCGAGUCGGAAGUGCUCGAGAAGUUGACACAGGAUAUUGGAGAUUUGAAGCACAAUAACGCGGAGAAGGAUCAACAAUGGGAACGCCCACCUCUACGACAAUGGGACCCCGAGGAGGAAAAUAUUUGCUUCCAGCAGAUUGAUGCGGAAGAAGGGAGGCUGUUUCGCGAAGACGUUAUGGCUGUACGCCUCUUUGGUGUUACGGAGGCUGGUCAAUCUGUCUUGCUUCACGUUACCGGAUUCCAACACUAUCUAUACAUCGCCGCCCCCGCAGGUUUCACCAAGGAGGACUGCAAUCCCUACCGGGCGUUCCUGGAAUCGAAAUUGGGUCAACAUGGUCGUGUCAUUGAGUCCGUGGAGGUGACAUUGCGAGAGAAUAUCUACGGCUUCCAGGGAAACCAGAAGAGCUGGUAUCUGAAGAUCACAGUGGCUGAUCCCAAGCACAUUGCGAAGGUGCGCAAGGCACUGGAAGAUGGGGGUUCUAGCAUGAACUACAAAGGUUUAUGGGGCUCUAUGGACUCAGGCUUGAUCACUUUUGACAACAUCCAAUACCUUUUGAGAUUCAUGAUUGAUACCGGGCUUGCCGGCAUGGCUUGGGUUGAGGCGAAGGCUGGAAAAUACAAGCUUAUCACUGAUGAGCGCGAGAAGCUGUCAAAUUGCCAAUUCGAGGCUGUCAUUGACUAUCGUGACAUGAUCGCUCACUCACCCAACGGUGAAUGGGCAAAGAUGGCACCCUUGCGUGUUCUGUCUUUUGAUAUUGAAUGCGCUGGUCGACAAGGCAUUUUCCCGGAACCGAACAUCGACCCUGUCAUUCAGAUCGGAAAUGUUGUCACCAGAUAUGGAGAACAGAAACCUUUCAUUCGAAAUGUAUUCUGUCUCAAUGAGACAAGUAACAUUGUCAACACCCAGGUAUUGGAGUUCAACAAGGAGGAGGACAUGCUAAAUUCGUGGCGCAAUUUUGUGGAAAAGGUCGACCCGGAUGUGAUCAUUGGUUACAACAUUGCCAACUUCGAUUUUCCUUACCUCUUGGACCGCGCGAAGCAUCUCAAAUGCACCAACUUCCCAUACUGGACUCGGCUGAAGACUAUCAAAUCAGAGGCCAAGGAGGCCAGUUUCUCCAGCAAGCAGAUGGGUAACCGAGAAACAAAAGCGACCAACACCAAUGGGCGAAUCCAACUCGAUUUACUGCAACUUGUGCAAAGAGACCACCAGUUACGAAGUUACACUCUCAAUUCAGUUUCCUAUGAGUUCCUAGGAGAGCAAAAGGAAGAUGUACACCACACGAUGAUCACAGAACUUUUCAACGGUACACCUGACUCUCGACGACGAUUGGCAGUGUACUGCUUGAAAGAUGCUUAUCUACCACAACGACUCAUGGAUAAACUGAUGUGUCUGGUCAACUACACGGAAAUGGCGAGAGUAACGGGUGUACCAUUCAACUUCCUCCUUUCUCGAGGUCAGCAAGUCAAAUUCAUCAGCCAGCUGUUCCGAAAGGCACUUGAGCAGCAACUCGUCAUCCCCAACUCAAAGCCCCAGGAUGAGCAGGACUAUGAAGGUGCGACAGUCAUUGAACCGAAGCGUGGUUACUAUGGCGUUCCCAUUGCGACCCUCGAUUUUGCCUCUCUUUAUCCCUCCAUCAUUCAAGCACACAACCUCUGCUACACUACCCUCCUCAACAAGAAUGUCAUCGAAAAGAUGGAAAUGAAGAAGGAUGAAGAUUACAUUGUCACGCCGAAUGGAGACAUGUUCUGUACCACGAAGGUUCGCAAGGGUCUUUUGACCCAAAUUCUCGAGGAACUCCUGGGUGCGCGAAAGCGUGCAAAGAAGGAGCUGGCCAGCGAAACUGAUCCUUUCAAGAAGGCCGUGUUGAACGGUCGACAGCUUGCCUUGAAGAUCAGUGCAAACAGUGUCUACGGUUUGACUGGAGCCACAGUUGGAAAGCUUCCAUGUCUUCCCAUUGCUAGUAGUACAACUAGUUAUGGUCGUCAAAUGAUUGAGAAAACCAAGCAAGAGGUGGAGGCUCGUUACACCAUUGCGAAUGGAUAUUCCCAUGAUGCUCAAGUCAUUUACGGUGAUACCGAUUCUGUCAUGGUCAAAUUUGGAGUGACCGAGCUGGCCGAAGCUAUGAAGCUUGGCGAGGAAGCCGCAGACUUUGUCUCGUCGAAGUUCAUCAAACCCAUUAAACUGGAGUUCGAGAAAGUUUAUUUCCCGUACCUUUUGAUCAACAAGAAGCGAUACGCCGGUCUCUACUGGACCAACACAACAAAGCAUGACAAAAUGGACACCAAGGGUAUUGAGACUGUGCGACGUGAUAACUGUCUGCUCGUUCAAAACGUUAUCGAGACUGUGCUCAACAAGAUCCUCAUCGAACGAGACCUUGACGGUGCACAAGACUACGUCAAAGCAACCAUCUCCGAUCUCCUUCAAAAUAAGGUUGAUAUGUCGAAGCUUGUGAUCACCAAGGCCUAUGCCCAAAAGGAGUAUGCCGCUAAGCAGGCGCACGUUGAGCUUGCUAAGCGAAUGGCUAAGCGUGAUGCUGGCUCUGCUCCUGCACUGGGUGAUCGUGUGGCCUACGUGAUGAUUCGUGGUGCCACGAACUCCAAGAACUAUGAGCGCGCAGAAGAUCCCAUCUACGUACUCGAGAAUAACGUCCCCAUUGAUACCAAGUACUACUUGGACAACCAGCUGGCGAACCCUCUUGGACGUAUUUUCGAGCCCAUUUUAGGUGAGAAAAAGGCCAACCAGCUUUUGACUGGCGAGCACACUCGUUCCAUUUCCGUUGCUGCGCCUAGCUUGGGUGGUCUCAUGAAGUUUGCUAAAAAGACCCAAACCUGCAUGGGUUGCAAGAAGCCGCUUUCUGGAAAAGAAGAGAUGGCUGGUGCUGUUUGUGAGAACUGCCGCCCUCGUCUGGGCGAACUUUACACCAAGGCUCUGACCAAGGUCUCAGACUUGGAGGUUCGCUUUGGUCGUCUGUGGACACAAUGUCAACGAUGCCAAGGCAGUCUGCACUGUGAGGUUAUCUGCUCAUCACGCGAUUGUCCUAUCUUCUACAUGCGUAUGAAGGCUAAGAAGGAUGUCGAGGACUCACAGAAGGAGCUGUCUCGGUUCGACUUUGAUGCCGGUGCUUGGUGA